AUGGCUUAUCAGAUGGAGGUAUUAAACCCACAGUUUAUGGUCGUUGAAUAUGGUCCUUUCAGUUGUCCCGGGUCAUGGUUUGAGGCCCAUACAGAAGUCGGGACUUCGUCAAGUACUACCACAGUCUGCUGUCCUUCUUUAUCAGUAGGAACUGACUGGGAUACUGCGACUAUUACAGCAUGCUCAUCGAUGGUGAUUCAUGAGACGGUUACGUAUACUUAUGAUAAAAACGGGACAGAAUUCAUAACCAACACCACAGUUCCAUCCGUACAUAUGCCUGUAACGGCCGAAUAUAUGCGGGGAGUGAAUGUCGCAUCUGCAACAGCUACCCCGACUUCUUCAUCAGAGAGUUCCUCAUCAGACGAUUCGCAUUCAUCUAAUCAUUCCCUCAGCGGUGGCGCUAAAGCAGGGAUCGGUAUCGGUGUUGCAGUGGGUGCUAUUACUAUAAUUGGCAUCUUAGCCUUUAUCUAUUUCCAUCGACGACGAAAACAGCGUGAUGUGCCAGGAAGUAAGGAUCAAAUUACUGAAUUGCCGGAGUCUGGAAUUCUUCGAGUUCCCCCGCAAGAAAUCCAAGGGAACACCAAUCGCUCUGAACUAAGAGGAGAUAUACAUCAGGUCCACGAAAUGCAGAAUAGUCAGGUCCGAUCUUUCUCUCCUCAGGAGCUUGACGCGACAGCAUAUGACGCCGAAGAGAAAAGAGAAGAUGAAACUAAUUGA